AUGUUCCAUUUUAUUUAAAACAAAUUAAACUACCAAAUUCAUUAAGCAGCCAACAACUCCUUCUAGCCAAUGAGCUUUCACAAAAUGAAUACCCAUCUUCUUCUUCACUUCAUCAUCUUGAUCGCCAUCCCUUCCUCUCUCUCUGGAGACGAUCAGAGGUACUUGACUUGCAGAACUCCAUACAACUGUGGAGUCAUAGGGGAUAUCGAUUAUCCUUUCUGGGGGGACGAUCGGUCUCCAUACUGCGGCCGUGAAGGGUUCCAGCUCGACUGUCAAGAAGGAGAGUUCCCAACUUUACGUUCUGGGUUCGAAGGAUUCAAUGUUUCACGAAUCAAUCGUGAACUUCAACUCAUGACCAUUUUCAGAAACGUUCUUUUCCCCUCUUCUUGCUCUCAGCUAUUCCGGGAAACGAUCACUUUCAACGAAACACUCUUCAGCUACGGCCCUGGAAUUGCCAAACUCAGCUUGUUCUACAACUGCCAUGGAAAUUUCUCGCAGUCGGAUUUGAACACGUUCACUUGCGAAGUAGAAGGAAAUGAAGUGAGAACGGGCUUUUACGCAGUCGAGGGAAGGGAGCUACUGAAAAAUCUUAGCAACAACUGUAGCAAGGUCAUCAGAGUCCCUAUUGUGUUGGAUGAAGUUAACCAGAAUCGUCUUGUAGCCGGAGAACUGGGAGAGGCUUUGAAUGAAGAUGUGGAUAUGAAGUAUAAUGCUGACAAUGAAUCAUGUUCUGCGUGCAUAAGUUCUCAAGGGGUUUGUGGGUCGAAUCCGUCAAAUUCAGAGCCAUUUCUGUGCCUCUGCCGUGAUCAGCCUCACGAUCAAACCUGUCCAGGUUCUGAAGUGGCCACUAGAAAGAACAUUGUCAGGAAUAUCAGUAUUGGUGCUGCUAUAAUGGGAAUGACCAUUAUUUGUGCAAUUUUGUACCUUCUGGUAAGGAAGGAUAUCUCAUUAUUCAUGCCAAGAUCCCUUUCGAGGUUUAUAAGGAAGAGUGACAGAGAUAUUGAGGCCUUUAUCAGAGAUUGUGGACCUCUAGCUCCCAAACGGUACUACUUUUCAGAGGUGAAGAAGAUGACCAACUCGUUCAAAGAUAAACUCGGCCAAGGAGGGUAUGGCGGUGUGUACAAAGGGAAGUUACCAGAUGGUCAUCUUGUUGCAGUAAAGCUCCUGAAUACAUCCAAAGGAAAUGGCCAAGAGUUCAUUAACGAAGUGGCCACCAUUAGUAAAACAUCCCAUGUUAAUAUUGUCACUCUACUGGGUUUUUGUUUAGAAGGUGACAAAAGAGCUCUCAUCUAUGAGUUUAUGUCAAAUGGGUCCCUAGAUAAAUUCAUAUACAACCAGGAAGAUCCCAAGACUUCUCUGGUUUUAGGAUUGGAACAAAUGUUCUCCAUUGCAUUAGGGAUAGCUCGAGGGCUAGAGUAUUUACACCGUGGCUGCAACACAAGGAUUCUGCAUUUUGACAUAAAACCUCAUAACAUUCUUCUUGAUGAAGAUUUUUGUCCUAAGAUCUCUGAUUUUGGCCUGGCAAAGCUGUGCUUGAAAAAAGACAGCAUUGUUUCGAUACUGGAGGCUAGGGGAACAAUUGGGUACAUUGCUCCGGAAGUGUUCAACAGGAACUUCGGAGAAGUUUCCCAUAAGUCUGACGUCUACAGCUAUGGAACCAUGGUGCUGGAGAUGGUUGGAGGAAGAAGAAAGAUCGAAGCUGGGGAGAUUCAUACCAACGAAACAAUUUUUCCUCAUUGGAUUUACAUGCAUGUGGAACAGGGCAAUGAGUUGAAAUGGCCAGGUGCUAAUGGCAGCCAGGAAAAUGAGAUUGCGAAGAGGAUGAUUAUUGUAGGCUUGUGGUGCAUACAGACUCGGCCAUCUGAUAGGCCAUCCAUGAAUAAGGUGAUAGACAUGCUGCAGGGAAGCAUUGAAGCCUUGAAAAUUCCACCAGAGCCUUACCUAUCUUUACCUCUAGCACUAUCCAUAUAUUCUUCAAAUGCAUCAAUAUAUUCUUCAACAACGCCCGACUCUUGACACAACUUUUCACUCUUCCUGCCUUUUAUGGCCAUGUCCAUCUAAGUCCUUUAGUUCUAUGUAGUGAUUAGCGUAUUCGAAAAUUCUCUAGUCAAUAUAUUCUGAUAUUAAUGUUGUCAGAUUGAUAUUUAAAUACCGUUAGGUUCCUUCGUUACUUUAAAAUGAUAUUUUAUAAAUAAAAAUCUAUCAGUGAUUUAAAAAAGUACUGAUAUGAUUAAAAUCUGAAUAUCUUGACUAGAGAAUUUCUCUUUGUAUAUAAUGAUAUAAAUAUAUUCUUCAACCUCUUCCAUGUCAUAUAUUCCUUAGAAAGUAAAAUCAAUAGGUUUCCAUCGAAGUCUAUGUAUGUAUUUGAGAUUGCAAAUAUUUAUAGUUAAGAAAUCAUAGUUCAUGUACAAUUGUUAAUGGCCUUUAA